AUGCCCCAGAACAGCAAAUUGAGCCGAUACGAUCACCUCAAGGCGAUUUUUUCCAGACAUUCUAGCCAACAAUCUGAGAUCAAGGACGAUGCAACGUCCGAAACUACACUGGUCCCACAACACAAGCAAAAAGCUACAAGAAGCGUGACAUCCCUCAGAAUUAUAACGCGGCCGAUAUGUGCUUCGGCUCUUGCUGCCGAAAUUGAUACAUGUACGGUCAUCUUACUGACCCAUACAACCAAGCGGAGGCUACUAAAAGCGCGUGAAUACAAUGUCUUGGGGAAGACGAACAUCUUGAACCCCUUGUUUCUAUAUACAACUUCAUAG